AGGGCUAAUGAUUUUCAUGUUCACAUCGCCUCGUGCUCGGGAAAGCCUGUGUCAUCCGACAACAACGGAUUCACGCAGCACAGCACCCUGUUCCAGCGGGCUUCGAUGGAUUUGAACCUCCCCGAGGCUGAUGGACGUGUGCGAUGCAAACUUUGCGAGCGAGCUUUCUCGCAGGAUCGAAUUUCCAAGCACCAGUCAGUCUGCCACGGCAAGCCCAGAUCCGAAUCCGAACGUAGG